GUCUACACCCGGCCGUUCCUCUAACGUCCUGAGUUCAAAACAUGGUGGCUGACAAUGUGGACAUGGAAGUGGGAACUCUGGAUAUUGGCAUGGAAUAUAGAACAGUUUCAGGAGUUGCCGGCCCAUUGGUUAUCCUUGAUAAAGUGAAGGGACCUAAGUAUGAAGAGAUUGUUAAUAUUCGUUUAGGAGAUGGAUCUACUCGACGUGGACAAGUUCUGGAAGUUGAUGGAGAGAGAGCUGUUGUUCAGGUUUUUGAGGGAACUUCUGGAAUUGACAACAAAUUUACAAGAGUGCAGUUUACUGGGGAGGUUUUACAAACUCCUGUCUCUUUGGACAUGCUUGGUCGCAUUUUUAAUGGUUCCGGUAAACCAAUUGACAAUGGUCCUCCUAUCCUUCCCGAGGCUUACAGGGAUAUUUCUGGGAGUUCGAUAAAUCCUAGCGAGAGAACCUAUCCUGAAGAAAUGAUUCAAACAGGAAUUUCAACGAUAGAUGUCAUGAACUCUAUUGCCAGAGGACAGAAAAUCCCUCUCUUUUCUGCAGCCGGUCUUCCUCAUAAUGAAAUUGCUGCGCAGAUUUGUCGCCAGGCUGGUUUGGUAAAGCGGCUUGAGAAGUCUGAUAAUCUACUUGAACAGGGUGAUGAUGAAGAUGAUUUUGCCAUUGUCUUUGCUGCUAUGGGAGUUAACAUGGAGACAGCUCAGUUUUUUAAACGUGAUUUUGAAGAAAAUGGAUCAAUGGAGAGAGUGACCCUUUUCUUGAAUUUGGCCAAUGAUCCAACUAUUGAACGUAUCAUUACUCCUAAGAUUGCUCUUACAACUGCAGAGUACUUGGCAUAUGAGUGUGGGAAGCAUGUUCUUGUGAUAUUGACAGAUAUGAGUUCAUAUGCCGAUGCUCUUCGUGAGGUAUCUGCUGCUCGAGAAGAAGUGCCCGGAAGGCGCGGAUAUCCCGGUUAUAUGUAUACUGAUCUGGCGAGAAUCUAUGAGCGAGCUGGUAGAAUUGAAGGAAGAAAAGGCUCCAUCACGCAGAUUCCUAUUCUGACUAUGCCUAAUGAUGAUAUUACCCAUCCCACUCCUGAUUUGACGGGUUAUAUCACUGAAGGGCAAAUAUAUAUUGAUAGACAACUUCAAAACCGGCAGAUAUACCCACCAAUCAAUGUGCUUCCAUCUUUGUCUCGUUUAAUGAAGAGUGCUAUUGGGGAGGGUAUGACUCGAAGGGACCAUUCUGAUGUUUCAAACCAGCUGUAUGCAAACUAUGCCAUUGGGAAGGAUGUGCAAGCAAUGAAAGCUGUGGUUGGAGAGGAAGCUCUUUCUUCUGAAGACCUGCUAUACCUUGAAUUUCUUGACAAAUUUGAGAGGAAGUUUGUGGCCCAAGGAGCAUAUGACACUCGCAACAUCUUCCAGUCACUGGAUUUGGCAUGGACGCUUCUCCGAAUCUUCCCCCGUGAACUUCUACACCGUAUCCCAGGGAAGACCCUUGAUCAGUUUUACAGCAGGGAUGCAACUAGUUGAGAUGUGCGAGAAGCUCUACAUGCUGGUAUGAGUGGGCUUGAUGAUGAUGAUUGCAUAAUAUGUUUGUUUUAUAACGAUGCCACUUCAUCUCACUAGGUCCCAUACCUCAACCUCCUAGUUUUCAGCAUAAUCAUCCAAGAAUAAACAUCCAAAAACCGCACUAUCUCCGGGGUUUAAGUGAUUCUUUCAAUGCUCUGUUGUUUGUUUUGUGUUUUAUUUCCCCUCUUAGUUUGUGAGUUGUGACAUGUCAGGUUUUCCGUAUGUAAUACAGUAUUUCUUAAGGAGGGACAUGUGAACAAGAGAGCUGCUCUUUGUUUGGCGUAUUUUUGUAAUUAUUUUGACAACAAUUUCUUCUUCAGAUUUGUAAUAAAUGACGCUCCUAGAAACACCUUCAUUUGAGCACAAUAUUUUUUACUUUGAAGUGGUUUUUAGCUUUUAGCUUUAGGGAUUCUGUUAUUUUUUUUAUUUUUAUUUUUCUUAUAGCAGCG